AUGCGGCCAAGUGGCACGAAAAAUGCACCUGCCGCUGGCGCGAAACGGGACAAACAAGAAUUAGGAGAGCUAUCUCCAGAGCCACCUCAACAGCGUAAGAAAGCAGACAAGAGAUCACCAGAAGCUCAAAAGCCGCCAGAGCAAGCCAAAGGGAUAGGAGAACAACAACGUCAAAGUCAACAACAAUCAGGUUUGACCCGAGAUCCGCGGCAGUCGAGUCAAACGUCACAGCAUUCUCAGCAGUCUCAACAGUCUCAGCAGCCUCAGCAGCCUCAGCAGCCUCAGCAGUCUCAACAGUCUCAGCAGUCUCAGCAGUCUCAGCAGUCUCAGCACGCACAGCCUGCUAAACAGGAGAAACCACCUGCUCUCUCACCUCGUUCCAGUGCGUGUCAUGCGUACCUCCGUGAAAUAGCUCAGCAAGGCUUGAUAUCAAGAGAAGAAGCUGUGGAGAAGUGGAUAAGAUGGAGAACAGACCCCAUGUAUCAGGACGUAUUCUGUGAUGUAAUGUGCAAUGUGCUAGGAGAGUUACAAGAGGACGAUGAAGCUGGGCCUUCGGAAUCGCGAUUGUCACGGAAAGAGCAGAGAAGACUAGAGCUCGCAGAAGCCUUUCUUGCAGCUUGGCACAACCUGGAUCAGCAACGAGAGAUCCUAGGUCGAGAGCUUCAGCGUCUGAAACCAGCUCAACCAAAACGAGCCUCAACCCAAGCAAGUGGGCUCUCACAGGGUAAUUCUGACAUGUCAUCCGAGUCGCAGGAUCAGGCAUGCAAAUCACUAAUAGAAGGUAUGAUACGAACGGAAAGGAUGACAAGAGAUCAAGGCCAUGGAGCUUGGGAGACAUGGGUUAGAUUCCCAGAACUCCAUUCAUGUUUCACGGAAUCAGCAAUCGACACGCUACAAAAGGCUGAGUCACUUGAUCCGGGAUCACUACCACAAGGCGAGCGGAGUCUCUUGAGAAGGAGCAAAAAAUUUAUUCAAGCUUGCGGAAGCACAGCUCAAGGGGAUAUAUCAACCCCACCCACUCACCAGCAACAGAUCCGAGGUCAAUUGAAGAGACGGUAUAAUGAGGCCAGCGGGCUUAUAAAGCACAUGAUCCAGGAGGGGGUAGUGUCGGCAGAACAAGGUGCAUGGGUUUGGAAAGAGUGGAAAGAACAGCUGACAUUCCGGCCACAGUUCAAGAGAGAUGUUACGGAACUGGUUGAGAAUCUGCGAGGAGGUGACCCGCGCUCAAGACCACACGGACAGCGGGCACUACUCGAGUCGGCAGAAACGUUUCUCGCGACAUAUGAAGUCCCAGGAGCACAGCAGCGACAGAUUCCCGCUGCUUCGCAGUCUCAACAGCGGCCUCCAGCCCCAAUCCGACCCCCUCCAUCAAUAAUACCACAGCCCCAAUCCCAAGCCUACAGAGCCCUACUCAGAGAGAUGACAAUCCAGCAGAUCAUAACACCGGAAUCAGAGGCCCAGAAAUGGGAGAUAUGGAAAAAGGAUUCAUAUUGUCGGUCGGAGUUUGUGAUGGAGGUCUUCCAGUUGAGGGACGCGUUGCGACAGGGUAAAGAGGAUGAAGGACGAAGAAAGAAUGAUAUGUUUGAUGCUGCCGAGGGGUGA